AUGGCCGUCUCAUCCGAUCCGAAGAGCGUCGGUGUCGCGGUGAGUGGACCCCAUUCCAGCACGGUGCCCAGCUCGGCAGCGACAAGUGUUCCGGCGAACACGAGCACGGUGACGGCUUCGGCGGCGCCGGUUGGCGAUUCCUCGGUCCACGAUCCGGCGGGAACGUCGGCACCAUCGGGCCACGAUAUGGCCAGCGAUCCCUCCAAGAUGGAGACGGGUCAGGAGCCGAAGGAACCGGAACAGAACCCCGGUCCGGAAAUGACCCAGCCCAACCUGCACCAAGCGCACCCUCAUCACGCGUCAUCGGUGGCCGUUUCGCAAGCGUCACAACCGCUCGGGCCCGAGGUUCCGGUGGACGAAAUGAUCGUCGCUUCCGAGAUGCACUCGAGCGCGGAAAGGAGCUCGCCCGGCCAGCAGCAGACAGCGGUGAUCAUCAACCAGCAUAAGCAGCGCAUGAUCACCACCACGGGACAGAUACGAGAGAUUUCUGACGGUCAAGAACCCCCAAACGAGUCGUCUGAUUACGAUGGAGUGGAGUACCAUCAGUCGCAGGUCGGACCACCAGGGGGAGGUGUCGAACAGCACGGGCCUUACGGUCCGUACGAGUCGGGGCCGGCCACUAGUCAGGAGCAGGGAGUGGUGGUGAGUCCGGCCACCACCGCCGUCGUGCCAUCGAACGUGCAGAUCGUGAAGCGUGAGCUUGCCAUCGAAAAGGAAGCGGCCCUGGGUGCAGCGGCGAAUGGUGGUACCGAGACCACACUCAUUCCCGUCCAGACGCAGACCAUCUUCGUGGAGUACAAGAAUGAGGGCGAGGAGGCGGUGCGGUACGUCAAUCGGUACGAGGAUGUAAAGUACCACCCACAUUCGCGGUACAUCUACCAGCAGCCACAUGCCGGACUGCCACUUCCCCCAGCGCUACACUCUUCCGGUAGCCAUCCGCACGUCACCCAUCAUUCGCACCAUCCUCACCAUCCUCACCAUCCGGGACAUCACGGACAUGGCGGAAUGGGUCCACCUGGACACCAGGUUCAUCAUCACGCGCACCCGCAAUCAAGUCAGCUAACUCUUCUGAUCUCGUCUACUCAACAGCAACUUCCUCAGCACUCCUCCGGAGUGGCUCUCACGACACAGGCCGGUGCGACGGUCCAAGUGCAGGCACAGCCGUCCCACCAGACGAUCCAGGUGUACGAGACGCACGAAGCUUCCGGAGGGCCGGGUGAGGUGCAACAGGUGGUCGAAGGUACGGUCGUGGACGCUAAGACGCACUACACCAACCUUGAACCGGUGCACACGCUCGCCUCGCCCCAAAACUACUACAUCGCGUCGGAUGGCUACUCGACAGGCAACUAUACCACCUUCCUGCCACAGAAGGAAGCUAUCUACUACCACCCAGCCAGUCCAAACACCGUCCUAUAUAAGGGCGACCCUACGCUUACCUCGUCCUCGAUCAUCACCAAGCAGAUCCACUACACGCCCCCGAUCGGCAACUCGCAGAACAUGUACGAGAACGCCACCGGUCACAGCAGCAGCUCACCGGGCGCCCAGCAGAUCUACUCGGGGUACUGGAAUAGCGCCGGCGUGGAUUAUAACACCAACUUUACCGGCACGAUCGUCAUGGACAAUGCGGGAGGCAAUGUCGGAGAGUAUGCGGGGAACGGGCAGCACUGGCAGAUUAGCUCGCUGAACGAAGCCUACGAGCCUCAGCUGGCUGCAGCGACGGAACACCGGGAGUGCGUCAACUGUGGAAGCUCUGACACGCCGCUCUGGAGGCGCGAUGUAGUUGGCCAUACCCUGUGCAACGCCUGUGCGCUUUACUCGCGCCAGAAUCCGGGGACGAACCGGCCACCGAAUCGGUCUCAGAAGGCCAAACAAGCAGUGAAAGUACCGCCAGUUCAGGGUAAUCGCCGCUCGGGAGUAACGUGCGCGAAUUGCCAGACCACCACCACGACGCUGUGGCGCCGGAACAACCAAGGCGAUCCGGUGUGCAACGCCUGCGGACUGUACUACAAGCUGCACAGCGUCAACCGGCCGCUCACGAUGAAGAAGGAUGGCAUCCAGACGCGGAAGCGCAAACCCAAAUCUAGUCAGCAGAUGCAACCCAGUCUCAACGGACUUAACACGGGCAAACUGUUACCCUCGAUGAUCACGUCCCAGUACCACUCGAUCGCGAACGAACCAAAGCUCAUGAACUCCAAUCCGGCGCACAUGGCAACCUCGCAACCGAUGGAACUACACCACAGUCCCGGCCAAGACCCGCGCUACGUGGACAGCUCUCCCGGCGGCAACGGGGGAAAUGCGUCACCCCAUCACCUGAACACCGUCCCCAACAAUCUGCCCCGCCACAUAGCGAUACCGGGAUCACUGGAUGCAAAUAGAGCAGCGAACGGGGAGAUUACCAGUGUCAUCACCAGCACGGCCGUGGCGGAACGUUCCAGCAAUUAAAGAAUCAAUUGGGGGAAAAGCAAUGAUAGCAGCAAUAUUUAAACUUUUGUGAGGGUAUGAGCAAAGAGUGUGACCUCAUCAUGGUCCAGUGCCAAAAAUCGUUAGGUGAAGCAGAAAGAAAAUCAAGCAAAGGCCAAUUACCAGUGUGCCACGUCUAGUACCAAAUAUGUACCUUUCCAGCGAAUAGUUUAAAAUAGCGAAUAGACGUGUUUGAGAGAAACCAGAACUGUACAAUGUCGCGGAGGGCAGAGUG